GUUGGCGGUGACACACCUACUGGUGGCACACCCCUCCUUGGAGUCUAACUCAGCCCACAAACUCCUGGGAGGGAAGCCAGGGCCCAAGCCUUUCCCUUGAGGAGUAGAUGUGGUUCUUCUGUGUGCCAGCCGGCGACUGAAGGAAAGCUAAAAUCACAGAGCCUUGUGUUUGGAUGACCUGGAAAUGACCGAGCUCAUGGACCCUCAGCACACCAUCGAAGACUACAAAGUGGCCCACCCUCAGGACCCGCAUCACCCAGCAGAGAAGCCUGUCAUUCACUGCCAUAAAUGUGGGGAGCCCUGCAAGGGCGAAGUGCUUCGGGUCCAGACCAAACAUUUCCACAUCAAAUGUUUCACCUGCAAAGUGUGCGGCUGCGACCUGGCACAAGGAGGCUUCUUCAUAAAGAACGGGGAGUACCUCUGCACCCUGGACUACCAGAGGAUGUAUGGGACUCGCUGCCAUGGCUGUGGGGAGUUCGUGGAGGGUGAGGUAGUGACUGCUCUGGGCAAGACCUACCACCCCAACUGCUUUGCUUGUACGAUCUGCAAACGCCCGUUUCCACCCGGAGACCGAGUCACGUUCAAUGGGAGAGACUGCCUUUGUCAACUCUGUGCACAGCCGAUGUCAUCCAGCCCUAAAGAAGCCUCGUGCUCCAGCAAUUGUGCUGGCUGCGGGAGAGACAUCAAGAACGGGCAGGCCCUGCUGGCGCUGGAUAAGCAGUGGCACUUGGGGUGCUUUAAAUGCAGAUCCUGCGGGAAGGUCCUCACCGGGGAGUACAUCAGCAAGGAUGGCGCCCCCUACUGUGAAAAGGACUACCAGGGGCUCUUUGGGGUGAAAUGCGAAGCAUGUCAGCAGUUUAUCACAGGAAAGGUCCUGGAGGCGGGUGACAAACAUUAUCACCCCAGCUGUGCACGAUGCAGCAGAUGCAACCAGAUGUUCACAGAAGGAGAGGAAAUGUAUCUUCAAGGUUCCACCGUGUGGCAUCCCGACUGUAAGCAAUCUACUAAGACAGAGGAGAAGCUGCGGCCACCAAACAUUCAUCGUUCCUCAUCUGAUUUCUUUUAUCCCAAAAGUCUGAUUCGACGCACAGGACGGUCCCCGUCUCUGCAGGUUGGCGCUGCGUCUGGGCCGAGGCUACAAGCUGAGCCAGGCCGCUGUCCUGGGCCCGGGCUUUUGCCGCUCCCCCACCUCCCCUCAUCCCCACCCCACAGCUGCUUUUCUUGA